AUGGCGUUCAUCCAGACUGGCUUUGUCGAUGAGCUUAUCAGGAAUGGCUACAAAAACCUAGCCAAAUCCUUCAACUUUACAUUCCGAUAUAUCGACGAUUUUAUCGGUAAUCUGACCAGUCGUGGGACCACAAGUCAUUUCGGUAAUCUGACCAGUCGUUGGACCACAAGUCAUUUCGGUAAUCUGACCAGUCGUGGGACCACAAGUCACAUCAGUAAUCUGACCAGUCGUGUGACCACAAGUCACAUCGGUAGUCUGACCAGUCGUGUGACCACGAGUCAUCUCGGUAAUCCAACCCGUCGUGUGACCACAAGUCACAUCGGUAAUCUGACCAGUCGUGGGACCACAACUCACAUCAGUAAUCUGACCAGUCGUGUGACUACGAGUCAUCUCGGUAAUCCGACCCGUCAUGGGACCACAAGUCAUUUCGGUAGUCUGACCAGUCGUGUGCCCACAAGUCACAUCAGUAAUCUGACCAGUCGUGUGACCACAAGUCACAUCGGUAAUCUGACCAGUCGUGGGACCACAAGUCACAUCAGUAAUCUGACCAGUCGUGUGACUACGAGUCAUCUCGGUAAUCCGACCCGUCAUGGGACCACAAGUCAUUUCGGUAGUCUGACCAGUCGUGUGCCCACAAGUCACAUCAGUAAUCUGACCAGUCGUGUGACCACAAGUCACAUCGGUAAUCUGACCAGUCGUGGGACCACAAGUCACAUCAGUAAUCUGACCAGUCGUGUGACUACGAGUCAUCUCGGUAAUCCGACCCGUCAUGGGACCACAAGUCAUUUCGGUAGUCUGACCAGUCGUGUGCCCACAAGUCACAUCAGUAAUCUGACCAGUCGUGUGACCACAAGUCACAUCGGUAAUCUGACCAGUCGUGGGACCACAAGUCACAUCAGUAAUCUGACCAGUCGUGUGACUACGAGUCAUCUCGGUAAUCCGACCCGUCAUGGGACCACAAGUCACAUCGGUAGUCUGACCAGUCGUGUGCCCACAAGUCACAUCAGUAAUCUGACCAGUCGUGUGACCACAAGUCAUCUCGGUAAUCUGACCAGUCGUGGGACCACAAGUCACAUCAGUAAUCUGACCAGUCGUGUGACUACGAGUCAUCUCGGUAAUCCGACCCGUCAUGGGACCACAAGUCACAUCGGUAGUCUGACCAGUCAUGGGACCACAAGUCAUCUCGGUAAUCUGACAAGUCGUGGGACCACAAGUCACAUCGGUAGUCUGACCAGUCGUGUGUCCACAAGUCACAUCAGUAAUCUGACCAGUCGUGUGACCACAAGUCAUGUCGGUAAUCUGACCAGUCGUGUGACCACAAGUCAUCUCGGUAUUCUGACCAGUCGUGGAACCACAUGUCAUCUCGGUAAUCUGACCAGUUGUGGGACCACACGUCACAUCGGUAAUCUGACCAGUCGUGUGACCACAACUCAUCUCGGUAAUCUGACAUGUCGUGGGACCACAAGUCACCUCAGUAAUCUGUUCAGUCGUGGUACGACAAGUCACCACGGUAUUCUGACUAGUCCUGGUACCACAAGUCACCUGAGUAAUCUAACUUGUCGUGGGACCAAGUCACCACGAUAA